AUGAUAAGGUACAUCAGUAGAGUGAUUUAAGACAUAAGCAUUUAAUAAAAGAAGGAUUUUCAUAAUUCAAACGAAUUUAGGCUUCUUAAGAAGGCAUUAAUCCGUUUAAAUACUAUCUCAAUUAUUUUCAAUAAGGUGAACGAUUUAAAUUAUUAACUUUUCAUAUUUAAUGACAAUCAAAUCAUGAAUGCUCUGAUAUUAGAAGUGUAUUUUUCUGACAUUGAGUCAGAAAUUGAUUUAGAUUAAAAUAGCUAGUAAAAUUUGGAGCAAGGAAAAUUCUUUCAAAGGAUGUUUAAUAACAACUUAAUGUCAAAGACUUUAUCAAUGGGAUUUGAAAAAACAUUUAACACAAUGAAAUUAUUCGAGAAAUAAGAUUUCUAAAUACUUUCGAUAAGAAGAGUGAUAUAUGAAAUCAUAGCAGGAGUAGAAAUUAUUAGGAAACUUAGAUCUUAAUUAAUAACUGGAACAUUUGCGAUAAUGAAGAUCAUUGAAAACUAUCUUUUAAAGGGUAUCUCAGAAUUCUUAGAAAAAAAUAAAGACAAGUUAAAUGAAUUAUAAAAAAGGGAUAGAAACAAUACCGAUAGUAAUAUGAUGAUAAAUGAUUAUAGUAAAGAAUUUUAUGAAAGCUUUUCACUUCUCUACUAGUGCCUUGUUUAGCUUAGAUAUUCAUUCGACCACAAAUUUAAAAUUAAAGCAGAAAUCACCAGUUUAACUUUUGAAUUUAAAGUAGAGGUUGAUGAAAAUAAUUAGGUUAAAAAAUUCUAAAAAAAGGUUGAGAAGCUCUAAAAUAAGUUAGAUAACAUAUACUUUGCAGAAAUAUUCUAAUUUCUAGAAAAAUUUAUCAAACUUGACAUUGGAGAAUAGUAUAACCUAAAGUAUUAAAAUUAGAGUCCAUAAUAGAUUCUCUUUGAGUUGUAGAAAAAUCUAAAAUCUUAGCCUAUUCAAUCAGACCAAAAUUAAGAAGAAGAGGAAAGAAAAGAAUAUGAAAAAUAUUUACAAAGUGAUGCCUUUAAACUAGUUUAGGAGAAUAUGCUAAAUGAGCUUUUGAAUAUUAAGAAUUCAACACUUAAGACUCUUGAAUUAAACUUAGAGGAAGCUUAUGAAUUCUGCAAUAAUUUGUAUCAAGAUUAAGAACAAAGAAAGAAAAGUUUUAUUAGUAAAUCUGAAAUAAUCAAGAGUUUCUUUUAUUAUCUUCUUGCGCUAAUAAGAGGUAUAAGAGCCUUUAAUUUCACAGAGAAUAUAUGCAAAUAUCUUAAACUUAGUUUCGAAUUCCUAAAGGAAAAGGCUUCAGAUAGUAAAUAGAGAAAGAUUAAAGAUGCAAUCAGUAUAUGCUAUGAAAAACUUAGAAAUAAGGCUUUGAAUGAUGAAAAUUUAAAAGAAAUUGCAGAUUUUUAAAGCAACAUUAAGUUGAUGGCAGUUUUAAACAAAGAGAUUAGUAGUUAUGUCCUUGAAAGGAUAGCCAAGAAUCCAAAUUUGAAACAAAAGCUUGAGAUUAAAGUAGAUUUAAUAGGUUUGAGUGGUGCAGGAAUUUAGUUUAAAAAUUCCACCAUCAAGAUCUAAAUUAGCAGUAAGUGGUGGAACUUAGUUUUAGAUGAAGUGAAAAUCGGAGAAAAGGAUUAGAAUUACUUUAUUGGUUUUAGAAUAUUGAAAUUUGAUAAUAGUAGAAGAUUUUAUGUCAAGUUCGAUUAGCAACAAGGAAUAAGUUAAGAAAUCGCAUCAUUUGUUUUCAAGAUUAAAGUUGAUUAUUAUGAAUCUUAGAGAGAUGUUAUGCUUCCUAAACUAAUCAAAUCCUAUCUAGAAUUGGGUCAAGGAAUUUACAAAAGAAUGGCAACAUUUUGGAUAUUCUUCCUUAGAUUAACAUAGCUCUCUGGAUAUUCAAGACAAUACUAAUACAUCUCUUCAACUUCCUAUCUUUUGAUUCUUAUCAAUUUCUUAUAAUCCUAAUACUAAUUGCCAAAUCUUUAAGAGGAUAAAGAUAAAUAUAAUCCCUCAUUUCUUUCAUAAGAAAAAUUAACCACAUACGAAAAAGAAUAAUAUGAAAAGAGAAGAAGUCUCGACUCAAAAAAUAACAACUAUAAUCCAGAUAAAAGGACUUUAACAGUUUCGUAUUUCAUGCUAAAUGAUGAUUGGGCAAAGUCGAAGGAUGAAUAAUUGAGAUAAUAACGAUAAAAGAUAUUGCCCUCGAGCCAUAAAGAAAAAUUUGAAGUAACCUUGAUGAGAUUUUUUAGAUUUAUUUGCAACAAAAUUUCGUAAAGAAGUAUGAUAAUUGAUGUCUAAAAAGGAAAAAUGAAAAGUACAAACAGAGAUCCCAAUUAUUUCUUAGUAAUUUGGCAUCCAUUUAUUCCCCAAAUUAAUCUUGCUGAAUACUUCACAAAUGAAAAAGAAUUUCAAAGACUCAUCAAAAUGCAUAAGGAAUUGAUAAGAGCUGCAGGAGAAAACAGAUUAAUGGAAUUUAUCAUAAAUGUAGCAAAAGAAUUCCCUGAUGAUACAAUGAAUUGA